UGUUUUUGUGUGUGCAAUGCUGAAAAGACACACAACUAGUGUUUGUGUGUGUGUUUUAUCUUUGCCUGGAUAGACAGCAUAGUGGCAAAGGUCACAGAUUAUCUCUUGCAGCUAUUGUGCAUCAUUCACUGUGACCCCUGCAUGUGCAUGUAUUGUGAGGGCCCACAAUCAAGGGAGUCAGCUAAAAGGCCAAAAGUCUGCUGGGGCCGGAGACAUCUGGAGACGCAGUCAUAACACAGCGAAGCCUGCCAUUGUUUUUUCUUCCAAAAAGGAACUGGUCAGCGGGGGAAAGAUAAAGAACCCAUAGCUGCAGCUAAACAUGGUUUCCGUCUUUAGUUUGUUUCCCAAACAGGAUGCAUGUGCAUGAAUGUUAGUCUCAGACCCUCACCACUUGUUUUUGGCUACGAAUGGACCACCACAUAUUUGUCGCAUUUCCCCCGAAAAGCUGCCCGGGACCUUCUGGAUGUUACAGCUAAUUUGUUGAUCUGUAUGGCAAAUAUGUUCUGGAUUUUUCUCCUGCAGCUCAUCGGCAGCAUGGCUGGGCUUUCUGAAGCUGAACAUGAGACGCUGUGCACCUCCAACGCCUGCUUCACCCUUCACAUGAACAAGGUACUCUUUGACAAGGCCGUUCAGAACUGUGACCACAAUGGAGGUUACGUGAUGACAGUGAGAGACCGGGAAGAAGAGGAUGUGCUCCGUUGGCUUCUCUCACGGAUCCAAAGAAAAAGUCAGGACAGGGCAUCUACAUUUUGGAUUGGAUUAAAACUGCACAAAAAGGACUGUGUGCUGCCUGACAAGACUCUGAAGGGGUUUAAGUGGGUGUCUGGGGAGGAAGAUUCCAACUACUCCAACUGGGGAAGAGAACCUGUCAAAACAUGCAAAGAGAGAUGCGUAAAAAUUCCUUACACCGAAUCAGGUCAGAACCAACUGAAAUGGGUUGACGGAACAUGCAAAAGCCCUGCUUUUUAUGCGUGUAAGUUUUAUUUCAAGGGGAUGUGCAAACCGUUGGAUUUGUUGGGGCCUGGAGAAAUAACCUACACAGCUCCUUUCUCAGAAAAGCCCCAAAGAAGUGAAAUGGAAUCAUUUCCACUUGGAACAUAUGCUGUUUUUUCAUGUAGUGAGCAACAGUGCCAAUACUCUGUGUGCCUGGGGACGGACGACAUCUAUAGUUGGACUGUUCCUGGUCCAUUUUGCAAACCAGGAAAGGAACACUGCGAAAUAAACAACGGCAGAUGUGAACAUUUGUGCCACCAAGAAGCAGAUGAGGUUAAAUGCUUGUGCAAAGAAGGUUACGACCUGGAUGACGAUGGAUUCACUUGCAGGGUGAAGGAUGUGUGCGGCGUUGGCACCUGUGAGCAUCAGUGCGUGACGACGGAGUCUGGGUAUUUUUGCAAGUGUCCAGAUGGGUUCAGAUUGGAUGCAAACCAGCGGAACUGCUCUGACGUAGAUGAGUGCCAGUCACAGACCUGUGAAGAUCACGUGUGCGUAAACACACACGGAAGUUACACUUGUACAUGUCAAAGCGGCUACGAAAUGGUUGUCGGUACUUGCGUUGAUAUGGAUGAGUGUGUGCAAGGAAGAUGCGAACACAGCUGCUUGAACAGUAUUGGAUUCUUCUCGUGUUACUGCAAUGAAGGCUUCAGUUUAUCCGAGGAUGACCAUUCGUGUGAGGACAUUGAUGAAUGCGUCAGUAGUCUCUGUCAGUUUGAAUGCUUCAAUACCAUCGGAAGUUUCCGGUGCACCUGCCCGAAAGGCUUCUACCUGGAGAUUGACGGAUUAAUCUGCGCUCAGGAAGUGACAGCAACAUCAGCAUCUUCAACAGAGGAGCCUAAUGAUGAGGAAACACAAGAAAACUUUACAGAGCCUUUAACCAGGACAACAGUGGAGCUCCAACACCAGUCCCCUCACACCAACGCGCCAAUUCUGGACUUGGUGAACCUGCCGCCGGACGAUCAGCAGAACAACGCAUCAUCAGUGACAGGUUUGGCUGAGUCUAUCAAUUCCAGGGUGAUCGUCUGCGUCCUUGGUUCAGUCAUUCCUCUGCUGCUUUUGGUCGCGGUGGCCAUGGCUAUAGCAAUUAUUCGCUGCAAUCGGUCCAAAAAAGAAGCCAAGAAAAAUACAACUACCGAUGGCUACUGCUGGGUGUCCUCUGGUUUGGAUCCGCGUUUAGAGAAACUCUACGAGUCAAUCUUGACUGAUGACCUAUAGCAUGAUAGUGAUGGAGAACACUGACUACAUGGAUUACCAUGUUUACUUAUGUAAUUUAUGUUCUUGCAACCUCUCUUGGUUAGGCUAAUGGUUGGAAAUGGUUACAUAUCAGAUAACAGAUCAGUAAAUACAUCAUUGCCCACCAGAAGUUUUUCAAUGUAGCUAAUAGAGUAAAAAUAGAGCAAAGAUGUGGUGAAUUUGGCAAGAAGUAGCAAAGUGUAAACAUGUGUAGGUGUUGUUGAUACAAAAAGGUUGUUCCAGUAUGGAGGGGGGUUAGGGGCUGUAUCUAAGAAGGAAAACUGUGUGUAAAACUGAUAGUUGGGUGGGUACCAGAUGUUCCCAGAAAGAUUUGAGGGAAUAAGUUGUAGCAGGAUGUAGUUUUAACUGGCUACAUUUUAUGCUUUAUUACCAUCGUACGUGUUUGAGUCAUAUGUCUACCACUGCCUGUUCAAUUACUGAUUUGUCAUUUUAUUAGCUGAAUAUAGUUUACACAUACAGUUUGAUGCUGGUGUAGAUAUACUGUAAUUAUGAAAACAUGUACAUCUGACUAUGUACUCAAUAGGAUUAGGCUAUGAGACAAGAGAACAGUUCGUUCUGAAUUAUGAGUAGGGUUUGUUUCCUGUUUUUGCUGUUAAUGAUCCUUGGCCUUCACCAACAUUGGAGAGAAGCCAGUAGUCCAACUUUAUCUCACUUCCUUCCUGUCUUUAACUCUCUCAUUGUCCUGAGGGGUGUGGCUUCCUGAGUAGGAAGCCCCAUGCUCUAAAUUCUACAGAAUAUUCAGCCAACAUUACAAGAUGAUCUACUACAGAACAUCAUUGCCUGCUCGCAAAUGACUGCUUUUGUGCCAGUGAGGGUAGUGGCAAUGUCUUUUUUGAUGUCAGUGAUUUUUAUAUUGUCUGUUAAGACAGGAUUUAGCAUUAAUCAGGCUGGUGUCUGUAGGCCUUUUUGUACAGGGAAUGACUGCAUAACUGUAAACCAAGAGAGAGUGGAUUUCCAGACAGCUGAGGAAACAUGCCGCGACAGGAACGGGGCAUUGAUGACAUUUCAGUCAGAGACAGAUGAGAGCACACUUGACAUUUUCAGAGAUGAACUGUAUGGAGACUUCUGGAUUGGACUGCAUUUACCCGCUGCCACCUGCAGCAACCUCUCAGCUCCACUGAGAGGCUAUGAGUGGACCUCUGGUAGUAUGCAAAGGACCUUUCUUCCAUCCUUCGCCAAAUGGAAAGAGAGUGUUAAAGUCUGCUCUCCGCACUGUGUGUCACUUUCAAAGGAUGGAAAGUUGACAGAGAGGCUGUGCUCGGACAAAGCGGAUGGGUUUCUGGGCCGAACAAAGCACAAAGAUGCAUGCCAGACGGGACAACUGUCAGAUCCGAAUGUUAUCCUGAGCUCUAAAGGCUGUUCAGUUGGUCCUUGUGAGCAUACAUGCAAAGAUGUAAAGGGAGGUUAUAUAUGUUCCUGUUUUGCUGGAUAUAUCCAAGACGACAAAGACCCCUGGCGGUGCAAAAUGCACUGCGGGCAACAGAAAUGCUAUGCGAUAUGUGAGAGAGGACCUAAUAGCGGGUGCUUCUGUCCUGAAGGCUUUGUACUAGGUGGCCAACUGUGCGAGGACAUAGAUGAAUGUGUUAAUGCAUGUGACCAAAAUUGUGAAAACAGUUUUGGGAGUUUUGUGUGUUCUUGCAGAGAAGGAUAUAUACUGAAAGAUCACGGUAAAUGUGUUAAGGCAGAAGGCGGGGAAAAUGUUGUGGUCACAAGUCCUGUCGUCAUAGGUGUUGUGAAACCAGCCACCAAUAAUCACACACAGCAGGGUGCCGCUGCGCCUGCUGGGGGUUUGGUCUGGAUAUGGAUCACUGUUAUCGUGGCCCUGGCAAUUUUUAUCAUUGUGAUAAGGUUUUAUGUUGUGAAGCGUCAGAAGCGCAGAGAAGAAAACUCCAUUCAGCAGUCCACUGUUCCUGUGGACAAAAUUGACUGUUAAAUCCCCAAACUUAAUAAAUGAAUAAAGAACAUUAAAUAAAUUAUCACAAUAAACGUUUCUUUAGACUUUAAUCUUUGAAUAUGCAUUUUAAAAUAGAAAAAAUAUUAAUUAAAAUGAAUGUAUUAACUAUUCAAGGUCGUUUUUUCAGAAAGAGAAGGAAUAGGCCAUUCACUUCCUCAUAUACAAAAAUAAAAGCUAAUAUUGGGUGAAAACAACUAGUUAAAAACCUAAUUAGAAAAAGGAAUUCAAAGUUUUACUUAAAGUACAUUCAUGUGUAUAAAUUCAAGCUGUAUUGAAGUACCAUAUAGGACAUAUCUUCAUGUUUUGAUUGUAAGUGCUGGGAAGUCAUAUUGAUAGGUGGAAACCAUAGGUGGAAACUCAUUCUGAUUUAGCAUAUAGUGUUGAUAAGGACAAAUAUUAUGUAAGACAUAAGAAAUAUUGCAGCCAAGGUAGAAGUAUAAUGGAGUUGAACAGAGAAAAGCAUGACAAAAUAAAUCCUCAAGAAAAGUUAUUCUUAAAAUGUAAAAGAGAUGUCGUGUUCUUUUUAAACCCUGACUGAGAGUAAACAUAAAUAUGUGUGCAUUUGCAUUUACCUGUGAAUUUAUGUGUCACUGUGUUCAUUUACAUAUCAUGACAUGGAAUUAAAAUCUGAAUUACUCUCUAA